UGUACGCACAGGCGCGCCAACAAAACCGACAGCAGCAAUACACAGUUGCUUUUAUUCAACUUUUGACUUUUUGCUGGUGAAGUUUUGAUAGAUAUAUACGCUAAGUUAACAAAACAAUCAACCGAAACUAAAUCGACACAAAAAACGAUAUUCAAAAUUGAAGUGAAAACAAAAGCCAAAUCAACAGUGAUUUUUAGUUAGUUUUCUAUUGUGUCAAAUAAUUGUUUUGAAUAAGAAAGAACCAAACGUAUUCUUAUUCAGUUUUCGAUUGACAUUCGAGUUUAAAAUCGGUUGUGAAUCCUUCAACAGCAAUAGAAAAGAACAUUUAUUUGGUAUUAUUUGAUUGUGAAUCUCAUACAACAUAAGAAAUACACACACUCAUAAUCAUGGCGGCCGUUGAUGUUGAGCAAAUAUCAAAACUUGAUCUAACACCGCGAACAUUGAAAUUGGCUGGACAUGUUGGAUUCGAUAGUUUACCAGAUCAAUUGGUAAAUAAGAGCGUUCAAAAUGGAUUUGUGUUCAAUAUCAUGUGCAUUGGUGAAACUGGUUUAGGUAAGUCAACAUUGAUGGAUACAUUGUUCAAUACCAGUUUCGAAUCAACACCAAGUCCUCAUACGUUGCCAAAUGUAAAAUUAAAAUCGCAUACAUAUGAAUUGCAAGAGAGCAGUGUACGAUUAAAAUUGACGAUUUGCGAUACGGUCGGAUAUGGCGAUCAAAUUAACAAAGAUGAUUCGUUCAAAGCCGUUGUCGACUACAUUGAUGCACAAUUUGAAUCGUAUUUGCAAGAAGAAUUGAAAAUAAAACGUGCACUAUCCACAUGUCAUGACAGUCGAAUUCAUGUGUGCUUGUAUUUUAUAUGUCCAACGGGUCAUGGUCUAAAAUCACUUGAUUUGGUGUGCAUGAAAAAGCUCGAUACCAAAGUAAAUAUCAUACCGAUCAUUGCAAAGGCUGACACAAUUUCAAAGACCGAAUUGCAACGUUUUAAAUCGAAAAUCAUUCAAGAGCUAUCAGCGAAUGGUGUUCAUAUUUAUCAAUUUCCCACGGACGAUGAAUCGGUAUCGGAGGUGAACACAUCGAUGAACAGCCAUGUUCCAUUUGCCGUUGUCGGCAGCACCGACUUUGUUCGCAUGGGCAAUAAAACUGUUCGCGCACGCCAAUACCCAUGGGGUACAGUCCAAGUUGAAAAUGAGAAUCAUUGCGAUUUUGUGAAAUUACGCGAAAUGCUCAUCCGCACGAAUAUGGAGGAUAUGCGCGAAAAGACCCAUACCAGACACUAUGAAUUGUAUCGUCAAAAACGUCUCGAACAAAUGGGAUUCACAGACGUAGACAGCGAUAAUAAACCAGUAUCAUUUCAGCAAACAUUCGAAGCAAAACGUUCGAAUCAUUUGGCUGAAUUACAAAGUAAAGAAGAUGAAAUGCGACAAAUGUUUGUUCUUCGUGUCAAAGAGAAAGAAGCUGAACUGAAAGAAAGUGAAAAGGAUUUGCAUGCCAAAUUCGAUAAAUUGAAAAAGGAUCAUGCAGAAGAGAAACGAAAACUCGAAGAGGCACGAAAAAAAUUGGAAGAAGAAUUUUUGGAAUUUAAUCGCCGCAAGACACAGAUGACUGCUUCCCAUCACACGCUUACGCUUGGCAAAAAGAACAAAAAAUAAACAACACUUUAUUCAUCCUACAUCGACAUCAUACAACAACAACAAAAACGAAGAAUCGAAUUACUAUAGCAACAGAAACUGCAACAACAGCAAUUACAAACAAGUUACAUUUACUAUUUUGAUCGUACGCAAUCACGUUAACAAAUUUCAUAUAUGAUUUAAGCAAAUUUAUUUUAUUUUAAAGUUGUAAUAUUUAUGAAGAGUUCAUGUAUGAAAAGAAACUAGUUUUUUAAGA